CGCAGGAGUCGAGAGGGGCGAGCGAGCGACGGCACGGGAGCGCGAGGCGUCCCCGAGGCCGGGGAGAGUCAGUCGGUCGGUCGCGCGCGCACCGUUCGCACGGAGCUCCCGAUCUCCUCGCACCUUGGCGCCAUGAGCGGCUUCAAGCGCCAUCGCAGCCAGGUUUUCUGGGGACAGAUGGAGGCCCGGGACCGAGUCGAGCGCCCGCUCCCCAUCCCGACGGAGGAGAACCGUGACGAGGAGUCCGAGCCAAGUGACCCUGAGAACACUACUGUCAUCCACGUAGAGGCCAGCAGUAGCGAGAAUCCAUCGUGCGAGGCUGCGCUCAAGGAGGAGAUCCUCGCCGAACGCUCGUUUAGCCCAGCGAGUCGCGGACAGCGCAGCCAAGACUCGGGCUUCUCGGACUCGGGGAGGUCCGACAGCUCGAGCAACAGCGGACCCCGCAGUCCCAGGCGCAGACGCCGACGUAGGAAGGCCAAAGCCGAGUGCCCGACCCACACCUCCACGCCCAAGCAGGAGCCGCCGGGCCUCGCGAGGACGCAAGCCCAGGAAGUCCUCGUGCCCAGGCAAUUGGAUUUUAAAGGCCAGCGGGAGCCUGAGGAGGAGUUGGAGGUGGAGUUGGAGUUGGAGGAGGAGGCCAUCGAGGACUUCCUGUACACGCAGGAAGAGCCCCCGGGGGAGGAGCGGGAGCCAAGCCCGGAAUUGGGACUGGGCAGGUUCGUCCCGGAGCUAGAUCCUUGCGCCCCCGUGAACGCUUGGCUCGUAGACAUUCGCCUGGACAUCGACGAGGAAUGCACGUCCACCCUCCAGAGCAAACGAUUACCCCGUAGGCGGCGACGCGACGACGACGAGCCCGAGAGCCGCGACCUCCGACUGCUGACCGCCUCGGCUACCACCGCUGCCAAGAAGAUCAUUGACGUGGCCGAUCGAUUCGAUAAACGUCAUCAGCAAGCACUGCGCUCCAUCAGCAGCUCCAAGAGUGGCAGAUUAGAGAGAGAUAUGCUGCUAGGGUUCGAGACCGAGGCGGCGGAUAUUCUCGUAAAGCUCGGGCUCCCGCCGCCCCGUCGUAUCGUACCUCAGGACAAUUAUCGCAACGUCCCCAUACAAUUGACGAGGUUGAAGAAUAAAGUGGACCGGGAGCUGGACAACCGACUCGACUACUACAUCGAGAAGGUGGUGCUCGGACUGGAGGAGGCACCGCGAGAGGAUGGCAGCGCCGCGCGGGGUGCCCUAGCCGCGCUGACGGCACUAGGACUCGCGGGUCCCCGGGCCGGUGCUAGCGUCGCACGCUGCUCGGGCAUUCGGGCCUUACUGACGAGCCUCGUCUCCGCGGGCCGGUUGUCCUCGCAGCUGCGCUGCGCUACCCUGCGCGCCCUCGCUAGCGUCUCCUGCUGCCUCGAGGCUAUCGAGCGAUUCGUGGCCGAGGGCGGGCCCGACAUCCUCGCUGACGUGCUCGCCGAUCCCGGGACCCCCCAGGCCGAGAAGUCCGAGGCUGCGGCUCUCCUCGUCCAGAUCACCGCGCCCUGGAUGGAGCGCGCGGGUCUGCCUCACAUGGAGCCGUUCGCGCGGUCUCUGGUCCCGGCGCUCACCGAUCUCGCCGAGGCCACCAACUGCAAGCAGACGCUCCUUCUUGCCGCGGCGGCCAUCAACAAUCUUUCCCACUCGAGGCGGUGCAUCGCCGCCAUCGUCGAGUCCGACUCCAUCAAGAAACUGCUGAGGUGCGUUAAGAAAUCGAACGGCGGGAGUGUGUGGCUGAUGGAGCAGGUCGCGGCCCUGGUGGGGUGCGUCGCUCGGGUACCACAAGCUCGCGCGCACCUCGUCGAGAGCCGCGCUUCCGUGGCACUGGUCUGUUUUCUGCGGAUGCAGCCCCCGGGUCUCGAGGACGAAUACAGGCGACUCGAGGCGACCGCCAGGGAGGCCCUCACGCGGCUCUGCGUUGAUCGUGAGAUCGCCAAGCAGGUCGUCGCCGUAGGCGGCUCGGACUGCCUACCGAUUACGGAGAGUAGGACUGAAAACUCGACGACCAAGUCCCUCAGGGCGGCGAGAAGACUCGCUGCCGAGCAGAUCGACAUCGCCCGAGUAUCGGACUACAGUCCGAGAUGAGCGAGCGACUCCGCUCGUCCUUGCGUUCACCGACCGGCUGUCGCCAAUCGCCGAGGGCUUUUGUAAUUAUCAUCGCGGGCCGGACGCGAGGGACGAGCGACCGAAAUGUUAUAGGCGAUGACGGUGCGCGAGCACUUACGGUGAUCUCAGCCUAAAUUUCAAGUUCCGCUGAUCAGGUCGAGUGCCGAGCGUCACCUUGUGUACCGCUGCAUUCAUCGCCUUUAAUCGAAUAAAAAUUUCAUUUUCGCGUUAAUGUUCUUUCGUAAUUUAUAUUUAUCGAUAUUGGUUGCUUGCUCGCUUCGUGAGAAUCAGUGACAAUCAGAAUCAUGGAAUACUAUUUAUUUGUUAAUGUUGUUGAUUGUAACGUGACAGUCGAGUGGAUUAAGAUCCAUGCGAGAUGUGACAUGUUAGUUU